UGUGUUAAUAUAAACAAUACUAGUAACAAAGGGGAAUAUAACUGGAAGAAAGAAUAUGAGGAUUUUGAAGAAGAAAGUAUUGCCGAGGAAUCAGGCAUGGAUGAACAAGAAGAGAAGAAGACGAGAGAGAUCUAGAGAAGAUGAUAGAUCACAACCAAACCAUAUUCCUCUUGAUAUAACCUUGGGGAUACUCUCCAGACUUCCUGCAAAAUCGAUCCUGAGAAACCGAUGUGUCUCGAAGCUGUGGUCUUAUUCUAUCAAACUUCCGAGUUUUAUCAACUCGUUCGCAUCUCGGUCCACUUCACGAUCGCCGACUCUUCUGGUCACCAUCUCAUCAGGUUCAGGAAAAUAUGUUUUCUCGUUUCCUCAACACCAGAUUCCUGACGGGACGAUUUGUUCUCCAUUCUAUAGUUAUCAAAUAGCAAACUUAGAUUGGAAAUAUUCCCUAUCCAACAGCAUCCAUGGAUUGAUUUUAACAUCCGUAUUCAAGAUUUGGAACCCAGCCUUGAGACAGUUUUUAGCCUUUCCACAUCCUGAUAAAUACGUCUCGAGUCGACACGCGUCGUCUUAUUUGGGCUACGAUCCUUUGGAAGGUAAAUACAAAGUACUAUUUUUCAUGUCGACAAUCAAAUGUACUGAUCAGCCUCGGGUUCUUACGUUGGGAACUCAAGAAUCAUGGAGAAUAAUAACCAAAGGACGUUGCCCUAUGCAUCGCCCAUGUGGACAUGGGCGAUGCUUCAAUGGGAUUCUGUAUUAUAGAGCUUGCCUUGAUGGUGAUAGUCAAUGUAUCAUAAUGAGCUUUGAUGUCAAAUCUGAAUACUUCAAUAUUAUAAAUUAUCCGGAGGGCCGCUCUUGUUCCUCGUUUCAUAUGAUACCCUAUGAAGGAAGGCUAGCUUUAGUUACUUAUGAUCAUCCGUAUGAUGAUGUUGAACUCAAUAUUUUGAAAGAUGCACAUGGACACAUAUGGACACGUGAACGCUAUGUUCUUCAUUUACCAUAUGAGAGCAUACGGAGGGACUUGAUAUAUUUCGUGGGUACUACAGAUGCUGGUGAGUAUGCUUUUGCUCCGCAUGGUGUCUAUGAAGCCUUUUAUAUUAUAUAUUUCGAUCCGAGGAGAAACAGUACUAGAAAAGUACUUUUUGAAAGAAAUUUGGAUGAGUUUAGACGCCGUUGUGGACUUGAUAGCGACGACUACUUCACCAUGCAAGUUUACCCAAAUCACAUCGAGAGUCUCUUUUCUUUAUAGAGCAACCACCUUCGGUGCUCAACGCUCUCCAGUGAUUUUCUUAUGUUUUAUGUACCUUCAUGUUCUUCAGUGUUACUUUGUUCCUUUUGAUUCACUGAGUUCAUGUCUAUUCAUUACUUAGAUUUUCUCUUAUGCCAUUUCUUACUGAGAUUUUGCACUAGAAUACUGACUCAACGAUUAAAGGGGAUAUUCCUUAUUGCUUCAAUGAUUCUAAAAUAAUGGGAAUCACCUAUAAAAUAUUCUUAUUUGUUUAAACCAUUAAGAUCUGUAUUUUCCCUUCUAAUAUAUAGCCAAGAACACGUUUUAUUCCAACAGUGCCAAACACAAAGCAUGAAAUUUUCCUAAAGUAAAUAUAUCGGUUGAAACACAAAGAAUACAACAGCUAGUUAAUAUGUGGUGUUUCGAAGUUUCUCAAAACUUCACUUUGGGUGGUGGUAUUGAAGUUUCGAUCGAUUUAGCAUGUGUUAUUAUGUUGUGAUGGGGUUCAUAUAUUCUGAAAGAUGCACAUGGACACGAAUGGACGCAUCAACGCUUUCUAGGUGUACCUUGUAAGAGCGAAUGGAGGAUUCAUACAAGUAUCAUGGGUAUUAUUAGUGAUGCUGGUGAGCUCGUUUCUAAGUUAUUCUAAUGUUUUUAACCAUUUAUUUGCUUUGUCCAAUUAUUUAUAGUCAACUUUAAAAUAAAAAUUAUUAAAAAGUGCGUCUAAUAUUUUUAUAUUAUCUGGAAAUAGGUUCGGAUAUUCUUUAAAAAUAUUGGUAUAUAAUUAUCUUCCAAUUUUUCUUUAAUAGCUAAAAUAUAUGAUUGAUCAAUUAUCUUCCAAUUUUUCUUUAACUAGGUAUUUUACCCGCGAUGCGGGCUUAAACAUUUUCAUAAAUUUUUGAAAAGUUCUUUGUAUACUAUUCUAGUUAUAUUGUGUUUUCCAAAAAGAAUUCUUGCGAUCAAUUUAGUAUCAUCUAAGCAUUGUCUACUCUCGAAUAUAUAAAUAUAUAUAUUUCUGAACAAUUAAAUAUUAAAAUAUUUUAGUAGUAUAAUUUAAACUUGGGUCUCUAGUAAAAAAAAACUUGUUUCCAAUUUAUGUAAAGAAUAUUAUUUUUUUGAAUGAACAAAGAUUUAAGGAUGGUUAUUGUUUUAAGAACAUUAACUUGUUAUUUCUGAACAAUUAAAUAUUAAAAUAUUUUAGUGUUAUACUUUAAACUUGGGUCUCUAGUCAAAAAACAAAACUUCUUUCCAAUUUAUAUAAAGAAUAUUUUUUUUUGUGAAUGAACAAAUAUUUAAGGAUGGCUAUUAGCAAAUAAAUGUUUGAGAACUUUCAUUUUUUUUUUGAGAUUCUACUGCUAUAAUAGUUUAAGGGUUUUUGAAAUAGUACUAAUUAAUUGUUAUUGAUUCGAAGAUUUUCAAAUUUCAUCAAAAUUCUUUAUUUAUUUAUGAUAAUAGUUUUUCAUUCUAUUUUAACAAAAUUUAACUUUAUUAAAAUAUAAUUUCCCUUUUUUAUUCAUAAGAUACAACUUUUAAAAUAUUUUGACAAUUAAAAUAAUGGAUGGAAGAUUUAAAAUCCGCUAUGUAAUUUGUAUUUGAAUAUCACAACAACAACUUACAUAGCGGUAGAGUUUAGGUCUUUUUAGCUUUAAGUUUUGAGAUUAUUUUUUAGUGUUUAGGGUUGGUAGAGUUUUAGCGUUAGAUGAGAUUUAUAGUUAGGUUUAUGUAGGGUUUUAGGGUUAGAUUUAGGCAGGAUUUAGAGUUAGCAGGGUUUAGGGUUAGGUAGGGUUUUGGGUUAGAAAGGGUUUAGGGUUAGGUACGGUUUUUAGGGUUAGGCAGGGUUUAGGGUUAGGAAGG